AUGGCCAGGCGACACCAGUUCCAGCCCCGAGCUGGGGGCCACCAUCGCCUGAACCUGCCCACUGUCCCCUCAGCGAGCCCCGGGGCCGCCACCGCGGCACCUGGCGCACGGAGCGCUGCCGGCAGCCCCAGGACGCUGUUCCCGCGGGGAAGUGCCGGCGGUCCAGCGCGGGCGGGGCCGGGCGGCACCCGGAGGCGGGCCGGGAGUGGCGGGGCUGCCGCAGGGGCUGAGAGGUGGCAGCGGCAGCAGCACCCGCCCCGGCGCGGCCCCGGCCCCGGCAGCGCAUGCGCUGGGCGGCCCCGAAGGGCAGAGCGGCGGCAGCGGGCGGCCGGGAUGGAUUCGGCCACGCGCCGCUGCCCCGCCGGGCGGCCCGGCUGCCCGCGGCGGUGGCGCCGGCGGCUGCGCGGGCGGCGGUGGGCGCCGGUGGCCGGGCUGGUGGGCGCCGCCGCCGCCCUGGCCCUCUACGCCUGCCUGCCGGAACCGGAGGCGGCGGCGGGAGGCCGUGUGGGCGGCGAGGUGACCGUGCUGCUGUGGUGGGAGCCUUUCGGCCGCCCGCGGCGCAUGGCCGACUGCCGGCGGUACAACGUGUCGGGCUGCCGCCUCAGCACCGACCGCGCCCGCUACGGCGAGGCUCAGGCGGUGCUGUUCCACCACCGCGACCUGGCGCGGCACGGCACCGAGGGGCUGCCCCGCGGGCCCCCGCCGCGGCCCCCGCGGCAGCGCUGGGUCUGGAUGAACUUCGAGUCGCCCUCGCACUCGCCCGGUCUGCGCGGGCUCGCCGGCGUCUUCAACUGGACCAUGUCCUACCGCCGGGACUCGGAUGUCUUCGUGCCCUACGGGUACCUGUACGCCCCGCCGGCGCCCCGGCCCUUCGUCCUGCCCCGCAAGACGCGGCUGGUGGCCUGGGUCAUCAGCAACUGGAACGAGGAGCACGCUCGGGUGCGCUACUACCGGCAGCUGAAGGAGCACCUCGCCAUCGAUGUGUACGGGGCGAGGGGGCUGGCGCUGGCCCAGGGCGGGGUAGUGGAGACCAUCUCGGCCUACAAGUUCUACCUGGCCUUCGAGAACUCCCAGCACACCGACUACAUCACGGAGAAGCUCUGGAGAAACGCCUUCGCUGCCAGCGCCGUGCCCGUUGUCCUCGGGCCCCGCAGGGCCAACUACGAGCGCUUCAUCCCCCCAGACUCUUUCAUCCACGUCGACGACUUCCCCAGCCCCCGGCUGCUGGCCACCUACCUGAAAUUCCUCGAUAAAAACAAACCCAACUACAGGAGGUAUUUUGCAUGGAGGAAGAAGUACGAGGUCCACAUCACCUUGUUCUGGGAUGAGCAUUUCUGCAAGGUUUGCGAGGCUGUGAGGGCAGCCGGGAAUCAAAUCAAGACUGUGCAAAAUCUGGCCAGCUGGUUUGAAAGCUGA